CUGCGGGCGCGCUCGGGGCCUGGAGACCCCGGUUUCCCUGCGCCCGGGGCUGCGCUCGUGCCGGGUGCCCCGCGGGAGUCGCGCCGCUGCCUACGGGUCUCCACUGCCUCCUCGGCCUGGCUGCGUGCCUGCACGGUUCCUUGCAGCCCUUCUCCCUAGAACCGCCCCGGCCGCUCCCCUGGCCACGUGUCCAGGGCCCCGCCCCCUCGAUGGCUGGUCUGCGUGGGUCUGGGCUGGGUUCUGAGGGGGGCAGAUGGAGCCCAGUGAUGAUGACGGCAGCCUCUUCACAUAUGAUUGCAGUACUGCAGAAAAGAAGUCACAAGAAAAUAAAGGGGAGGACGGACAGCCCGUGGAGAAGGGGAGUGACACGAUCCUGGCGUCCACCUUCUCCAAGUCUGGCAGCUAUUUUGCUUUAACCGAUGACAGUAAGCGUCUGAUUCUUUUCCGUACAAAACCAUGGCAAUGUCUGAGUGUCAGGACCGUGGUGAGGAGGUGCACGGCCCUGACGUUCACGGCCUCUGAGGAGAAGGUUUUGGUGGCAGACAAGUCUGGGGACGUUUACUCCUUUUCAGUGCUGGAGCCGAACGAAUGCGGCAAACUUGAACUUGGGCACCUGUCGAUGCUGCUGGAUGUGGCCGUGAGUCCUGACGACCGCUACGUCCUCACCGCUGACCGGGACGAGAAGAUCCGGGUGAGCUGGGCCUUGGCACCGCACCACAUCGAGUCCUUCUGCCUGGGGCACACUGAGUUCGUGAGCCGCAUCUUCCUGGUGCCCGACCACCCUGAGCUGCUUCUGUCCUCAUCCGGGGACUGCACCCUGAGGCUCUGGGAGUACAGGCGUGGCCAAGAGCUGCACUGCUGUCACCUGACCAGCCUGCAGGAGCCAGAGGGGCCCCAGAGCGACAAGAGGUUUGCCGCAUCCAGGAUCACUUACUGGAGCCGGGACAGCUGUGUGGCGCUGCUGUGUGAUUGCGUCCCUGUGGUCUACAUCUUCCAGCUGGAGGCCCCCAGGCGGCAGCUGGUUUACAAGCAGCAGCUGUCUUUCCAGCACAGAGUGUGGGACAUUGCUUUCGAGGAGAGCCAGGGGCUGUGGGUGCUGCAGGACUGCCGGGAAGCCCCCCUCGUGCUCUGCAGGCCUGUGGACGGCCAGUGGCAGCCUGUGCCUGAAGAUGCCACAGUGAAGAAAGUCUGCACGCAGCUCCGCGGGCACUGGGCCAUGCUGGAAGGCUCUGCUGGCGUGGACGAGGGCUUUAGCGGCCUGUACAAGGCCACCUUUGACAACAUGACCUCUUACCUGAAGAAGAAAGAGGAGAGGUUGCAACAGCAGCUUCGGAAGAAGCGGCAUAAGAGCCCGCCCCCGGGGCCCAACGGGCAGACCAAGAAGGUGAAGGCCGGGGAGGCCUCCUGGAGCGGCUCGUCCUAGCCCUGGUGCCGGCUUCUGGCCUCGAGAAGCAGAGUAGCUUUUGUCCCCUCCUUGCCAGCAGCUCCCUUUGAGGAAGAAAAGGGGCACAUCACUGUCCACUCCGCUUGGUGGCAGUGAGGUCCAUACAGCUCCCCAGACACCUGGGCUGGCCCAGUAACUGAGGGUGUCCUGGGCUCUAGAACAUUCUGUCGCUGAACAGAGGUGUCUUGAGCAUCCUCUGGUUGCAGGGAAGCCAGACGGGGGAGACACUGCAGGUGAGCAGCUCGCUGCCUGGAAGCACUUCAUCUUCAUGGUGGAGGACGUAUGAGCCUCUUCCCAUAAUGCCACCCGUGCCCGGCACACUUCCUUCCAGGGGAACCCCCACAGAUGGUUUCACAGCAGCGUGAGGGGCAUUUUCAUUUUCCCGGCAGCGGUCCUUCUGGAGGGUGGAUUGCACUGUCCUCCACGGCGCUGCUCCCCACGCGGGGCCGUCAGCCUGAGCAGAAUGGAGUCUCAGUUCCUCCCCAGCCUGGCCAUGCGUUCCAUCCGCGCAGGGAGGGCUCCUGCUCAGCUGCAGACGUGCAGGCUUGGCGGACACAGCGGAGAACUGGACUUUUUCAGGACGUGAGAACAUGUAGAAUAUGGGAGUUCUACAGGAAAUGGUUGCUGACAUGUGCAUGGAUUGAUUUGAACCUUGCACACGUCACAAAGAGCAGGGGUGUCAGCUGAAUUCAGAUCACGAAUCAAUAAAGACGAGCUUUUGCAGCUUCUGGAAAUGUUUAGCAGCAGCAUGUGGAGCUAAUUUCAGAAUACAUUGAGCAAAACCAUUUUUGGUGAGUGUACUGUGUGUGACCGAGCAGUGCACUCUUUGAUUUGAAGAGAAAAGGGUUUUGGUGUGGGAUUCAUGAGGUGCUUGGAGACAAACCGUUCUGUGUAUCAAAGCCAGAGUGCUUCACAUUUCUCCUAAGUGCCUUGUUUUACUUACUUUGAACACUGAUCUGAAAACUACAGCUUGUGCCGCACCCAGGAUCGCUUCCCACAGGAACAGCCCCAAGCGAGGGGUCAGGGACAAAACCAGUUCAGGCGGAGGGGGUGUCGGGUGAAAUGAGGGUCCUGGGGCAGACGGGUCCCCAGGGUAGAGGGGAUUGCCCGGGCCUUGGUCCUCCUGCAGGAGGGGCCUGCCUGCUAGCACUGCAUUGGGCCCAGGGGUGUUCUCAUCAAUAACCUGCUUUGAAAUUCUUGGUUUUAGGAGAAAUAAUAGGUUUGGUCUUGUUAAUGUCAUGUCUUAAGACUGGUCAGCAAACUGGCCUGCAGACCAGAUCCUGUCCACUCCUGGUUGUACAGCCUCCGAGCUAAGAAUGGUUUUCGCAGUUUUAAAUGGCUGUAAAAAAUCAAAAGGAAGGUAAUACUGCAGCCUAUGUGAAAAUCACAUGCAAUUCCAGUUCCCGUGUCCAUAAAAGAAACGUUACGGGUGCAGCCACGCCUGUUCGUGCAGGUGUGUGGUCUGUCCCGUCCGCGGCAGAGUGGGGCCGCUGGCCGGAAGGACAGCCUGCAGAGCCUAAGCUGGUUACUGCCCAGCCCUUUCCAGAGAGUUUGUCCGCACCUAUUCAUGCCCCUUUUAAAUUCGUGAAAUUUUCAAAAGGAACUGGUUCAUUUAUUUGGAAAAAACCCAACUCUGUGCUUCCUGUGUUCAUCGUGAGCUUUUGCAUCACUCAUGGGCAGGGAGAGCACGCGUCUGACAGGUCAGUUCUGCGCAUCCCUGCCCAGAUUGGGAGCGAGCCCUGAGGUGGGGUGUGGAGCGGGGGGCUGAGGGGACGGGGGUAUCUAAGGAGGUCCUUUUGCUUCCACAUACCUGACAGUAUAGGGGUGCCCAGAGCAAAGGUCAGUAGAUCAGAGCAGAGUCGGGGGAACCACAGUCACCUGUCUUUCUAGUGGUUGUUUUUCUUUAAAAAAGAUUUUUUUAAAUUGAUUUCAGAGAGGAAGGGAUAGAAAAACAUCAAUGAUGAGAAAGAAUCUGAUUGGCUGCCUCCUGCAUGCCGCCCCCAACCCCCCUCACUGGGGAUCAAGCCUGCAACUCAGGCAUGUACCCUGACCAUGAAUUGAGUCGUGACCUGAUUCAUAGGUCAGUGCUCAGCCACUGAGCCACACUGGCUGGGCAAGGGUUUAAAUCUCUUAACUCUUUCCCUAGAACACCGUGUCCCCUUCCUUCCCUGAUUUGAGCUUUUUGAGAAGACCAGGUCCAUAGCCGUCUCCUGAUUUGCAAAGCAGUUUCUUGACUCGUCAGUUGACUUAUUGUGGGAGCCAAGGACUUGGUUUCCUCACACUCUCCUAAUUGUAUCUCACUUUUUCUAUCCUUUUAUGGUUUCUACAUGUUUUACUUUGGGGAGAUUCCUUGGGCUUUGUUCCAACUCAUUUAUUUUUGUAUUUUUAAAUAUUAAUUUUUUUUUAUUGAUUGAUUUUUAGAGAGCGAGAGCAAGGGACAGAGAAAUAUGAGUUUGUUGUUCCACGUAUUUAUGCAUUCAUUAGUUGAUUCUUGUAUGUGUCCUGACUGGGAUCAAACCCACCACCUUGGCAUAUCGGGUCGAUGCUCGAACCAAUGGAGCUACUCUGCCAGGGCCCACCACAUUUAUUGAUUUUAAAAAAUCGGGUUAUAUUUCUUAAUUCUAAGGGUUCUAGUUCUUUUUACAUUUUGAUUCAACUGCAGUAUACAAGAAGGGCAUCUGGAAAGCACAAACUGAAAUUUCACUGGACACACAUGUGACAGUCUCCACCAGAAACAGGACAUUUACCCACAGCUGAGAGGUCCCCAAGUUCCUUACACCCCUUUCCCCCCGCCCCACCCCCCCUUCCCCAGUGAAGGCCAGGCCCAUUUAACAGGUUAGUUUGCUUUGGCUCAGCUUUUUGGGUGAGAUUCAUUUACAUUGUUGCACUGGCUGUAAAUUGUUCAUUCUUGUUGCUACGUAGUAUUCCCAUGUGGGGAAACACCACAGUGUAUCCAUUCUGCUAGCAACUGGCAUUUGAACAGUUUCCAAACCGGCUGCAGUGCACAUCCUGGCCCUUGUCUUUUGGAACAUACGUAAACAUUUCUGUCCGCUCUAUGUUCAGGAGCGGGCUGCUGGCUCACAGCUGUUCAGCUUGGGCGAUGCUGCUGAUCCUUGUUAAUUCUAACCCCACCACAGAACGUAAGAUUUGGUGCAUCUCAUGCUCAGCAUUUGAGGCGAUGAUGGUGACUUUUGCAAAGGCACAAACUUGAGAGCAUGGGAGUCGGUGAAGCUGCCCACCUGUCCGUCCUCCAGACUGAAACUCGAUCUUGCUCUGGGCAAGGUCACCUUAAAGCGACGGGGAUGGCCCACUGGGGGAUGCCAGCCAUAGGUCAGGAGGACACUCAAGCCGCCUGCGAAGAGGCAGCAUGGCAAGGAGCUGAGACCUGCCAACAGCCGGCGACUGACCGCCCAGACUGAGCUGUCUUGGAAGAGCUGCUUUCUCUAAACAGAGCACCGUGGUUCCUCCCUGCAGCACCAUUUGCCCAAACCCUUCCGUGUUGACAUGUAUUUUUCUUUCUAAUUUCCCUUGUGAUGUCUUUGAUCUAUGGGUUAUUUGGAUGUAUGGUUUAAUUUCCAGACAUUUGAUUCUUUUUUCUUCUCGUUACUGGUUUCUGGUUUUAAUUCCAUUGUGGUCUUAGGAUAUAUGUUGAUUUCAUUCCUUUAAAAGUUACUGAGUUUUGUUUUCUGCUCCACAAACGGUGGUUAUUUUACGUGCCCUUGAAAAUAAUGUGUCUGAGUUGUUGGCUGGAGGAGUGUCUGUAAAUGUGGAUUAGAUUAGGUUGGCGAUACCAACUUGAAAACUACCAUCUUCCUCAUCUUUGUGCACGUCUAUUAUUGAAAACUAUUUAACUGUCUGUAAUUGUGGUUUUGUCUAAUUUCCCAUUGUCCUACUGGUUUUGCUUCAUGGAUUUAAAUAUUCUGAUAUUUGGUUUGUACACACUUGGGAAUUUGUUAUCUUGUGGAAUGACCCCAUCUUCAUGAAACAUCCUCUCUUUAUUUCCAGUUCUGUUCUUUGUUCUGAAGUAUAAAUUGAUGUUAACGUACCCACUCCAA